GCUGCAACUUUGAUACACCACUUUUGUCCGGGAUGAUUUCUGAGUGAAGAGAACUUGGAUAACUCAGCAAAUAAUAUGAGACCCCUCAUGUUUUCCUCGUUUGAUUUUGUUCAGAUGUAGGCUUUCCUCUUGCAUGUAAUCCUCACGAGGGGAGUGAUAAUUUGACCUAAUUUUUCAUCACAGAGAAAUUGCUUUGGUCCAACUGUGUUAUAUGGUCUUUGUGUUUCAAAAAUAUUGGUCCAAGGUGCAUGCUGUCAAACUCGUAUCCUCAUUAGUGUAGUUUGUACGGGCACGGCGUCCGUGUAAAUUGAUCCACCAAUAUCUAGCUGAUUGAUAUUGGAUUAUGAUGUCAUUUUCUCAUCACUAUCGUCCUAGGAUCUUGUCACAUAAUGCAAGGAUAGCAACUUAUCUUGCUUUCCGUUUUCAUGUCAUUGUCGGCGUUCAUUAACGUGUGUAUGAUUGGUGACUGGUGCAGCCACUGUGAUGCGCUGUGCCUGGGUUUUAUUCGUUUUGAAGGAAUGUUGUUAAAACUGAGGGUGAGUUAUUGUGGAUUUGUACUUCGGUAAGUUAAUGUGGAUUUGUCUAGGGAGAAACACUUUAGUACCUUAGUGGUAGAUUUUACCAACAAAUUUUAAUAGAAGAUUUGCCUCCGUAUGUAGGAAUGCAAGCGGGUUUGUACAUAUCCCGCAGCGGAAAUGGCACCUGGGGGCGCUCGAUGCUGACGGUUGUGGAUGCCGCCCUGCAGAAAUUGAUGACACUUGGGGGACGCUCUGUGCUUGACUGCUGAGGUUUGUUAAUGUCGAUUGGCCUGCCUGCGCUGGCCAAGAACAAGAAGACCCCUCCCGUUCGCGGCGGGCAGUUGACCCCGAGGAGAGCGCGGGCGCGCGAAUCUCCAAGCGGCGGAACGUAAAAGGUGCCCGGUCCCCGAAACCCCACGCCUGCACUGCACUGCAUGACCUCCACUCCACCCUCACCGCCUUUCCUCGCCACCGUCACCGUCUCGCCGCUACGCUUCCUUCCACGAAUAUGCCUGCGGCUGCGGGUCUGCAGUCUGCAGCUGCCGUGGAAGCGCUCCACGUCUCCCUCUCCGCCUUAGAUCGCCACUGCUAGCUCGAUCCCUCGGCCUGGUCCAGUCAACAUCAAAGCCCUUGGUGCACGGGGCAGGUUCCUUCGCUGUUGCGCCCGGCUCCCGCAAAAGCCUCGCCUCGCCUUUUCUUGUCCUGAAGCCACCCAAACCGCAAGGAAAGGGUGCUGGUGCUCCGAUCCUCAUCGUCUCCAUCGCAGCUCCCUCCCAGAACCCAUUAUUCCAUCGUACAUCUCUCUUGUUCAUCUCGACUUCUUGCUCUCGAUCCGGAAGGAUUAUUGAUCGAUCGGCCGGCCGGAAAGCAAUGUCCGUGUCGAUGGGGACGAGGCUGCGGCCGCCGGCGUGGUGGUGCCGCGCGCUGCUGGCGCUGGCGAUCGCGGCGGGCCUGAUGGCGGUGGACCCGGCGGCGGCGCGCUUCGUCGUGGAGAAGAACAGCCUGCGGGUCACCUCCCCCGCCGCGCUCCGGGGCGUCUACGAGUGCGCCAUCGGCAACUUCGGCAUGCCGCAGUACGGGGGCACCAUGCACGGCGUCGUCGUCUACCCCAAGGCCAACGGCAAGGCCUGCAAGCCCUUCGCAGACUUCGGCCUCUCCUUCAAGCCCAAGCCCGGCGGCCUACCCGUCUUCCUGCUCGUCGAUCGCGGAGACUGCUACUUUACAACCAAGGGAUGGAAUGCACAAAAUUCUGGAGCUGCAGCAGUUCUUGUUGCAGAUGACAAAGUAGAGCCUUUGAUCACAAUGGACUCUCCAGAAUCUAGUGGUACAGAGCACAUGGAGAACAUCACUAUUCCUUCAGCACUUGUGACAAAGAGAUUUGGUGAUGACCUCAGGAAAGCUCUGCAAAAUGGAGAUAUGGUUAAUGUCCUUCUGGACUGGAGGGAAUCCCUGCCCCAUCCUGAUGAGCGUGUGGAGUAUGAACUCUGGACAAACAGCAAUGAUGAAUGCGGUGCUAAAUGUGACAUGCAAAUGAACUUCGUGAGGAGCUUCAGAGGAAUAGCACAAGCCCUUGAGAAAAGGGGCUACACCCAGUUCACUCCUCACUAUAUUACAUGGUAUUGUCCAGAAGCUUUUGUCCUGAGCAAACAGUGCAAAUCGCAAUGUAUCAAUCAUGGGAGAUACUGCGCACCAGAUCCAGAGCAGGAUUUCAGCAUUGGAUAUGACGGCAAAGAUGUUGUGCUUCAGAACCUGAUUCAAAUUUGUGUGUUCAAAGUUGCCAAUGAAAGUCGCAAGCCCUGGAUGUGGUGGGAUUAUGUGCACGACUUUGCUGUUAGGUGCCCAAUGAAGGAGAAGAAAUACACACGUGAAUGUGCUAACGGUGUUAUCAAAUCACUUGGAUUGGAAAUUGAGAAAAUCAACAAGUGCAUUGGAGAUCCUGAAGCCGAUAAAGAAAAUUCAGUCCUUAAAGCAGAACAGGAUGCUCAAAUUGGUCAUGGUUCUCGUGGCGAUGUCACUAUACUGCCUACUCUUGUCGUCAAUAGCAGACAAUACAGAGGUAAACUGGAAAAAAGUUCUGUGCUAAAAGCAGUAUGCUCGGGAUUUGAGGAGACAACUGAACCUGAUAUCUGCUUGCGCGAAGAUAUUGAGACAAAUGAAUGUUUGGAGCACAAUGGAGGUUGCUGGUUAGACAAGGCUACCAAUGUUUCUGCGUGCAAGGAUACGUUCCGCGGUCGUGUUUGUGAAUGCCCUAGUGUCAAUGGCGUAAAGUUUGUUGGUGAUGGGUACACACACUGUGAAGCUUCUGGCCUCGGUAGGUGCCAAAUCAACAAUGGGGGCUGCUGGAAGGAGACUAGGAAUGGGAAGACUGUCUCAGCCUGCUCAAAUGAAGAAGCUAAAGGCUGCAAAUGCCCAACAGGUUUCAAGGGUGAUGGAGUGAACAGUUGCGAAGAUGUCGACGAAUGCAAAGAGAACCUUUACUGCAAGUGCAAAAAUUGCGCCUGUGAGAAUAUAUGGGGAAGCUACGAGUGCAGCUGUGGCGGCAGCAAUAUGCUGUACAUCAGAGAACAUGAUACGUGUAUCAGCAAACAUUCUACCUCGACAAUUGGCUGGGGCUUCCUAUGGGUUAUUUUCUUUGGCCUGGCCUUGGCUGGAGCAGGAGCAUAUGCCGUGUACAAAUAUAGGCUACGGAGCUACAUGGAUUCAGAGAUUCGCGCGAUCAUGGCUCAGUACAUGCCCCUGGAGAGCCAUGAAAUGCCGAGUCAACAGCGCCCGGUCGAGCACGCAGACAUCUGAAACAGCAAACCUUAAAAUGAAGCAAGCGUAAGAGCUAGGAAAUCGCGUCGGUGGCAGUCGCAGAGAAGUCGGCUCGGAGCUGCCCUUUGUGUGCAGAAUAUUGAUCCUCCAUACAGCCUACGAUUGGUUCUGAAGGACAGAGUAUCGAUGGAUAGACUGUUUUACUCCCCCUUUAUUUAUUUUUUUCUUUUCAGAAGAUUACAGGGCAGAUUAGGUUGUGUCACUGCAGUUUAGAAUUCAUUGGUAGUCAUCUCUCGAUUUUAUGGUCGUGUUCUGCAUUCCACAGUAAAUGUUGCCAUUCUGUAAAUACUGUCGUUCAGACUUGGGACAUAAUAUAGUAGUGUUUUGAUUGCCUGAAUAAAAAGGCCCGGAUCUGUUUCCAAAA